UGAAGACCCGCCAACAGAAACCUCUCUCUCCCUUCAAAUUCCUCAUUAUAUAUACUUUUUCCGCCAACUGCCGUUACCGCCAAUCUCUCCUCCAAUGUCCUCCUCCUCUUCUUCUUUGGCAGCCUCCGCCUCACGGCGUCUUCGCCACCUCCAGUCUCUGUCUUCCAACAAGACCUGCGUCGACUGCCACCAGAAGAACCCCCAAUGGGCUUCCGUCUCCUAUGGCAUCUUCAUGUGCCUCGACUGCUCCGGCAAGCACCGCGGCCUCGGCGUCCACCUCAGCUUCGUCCGCUCCGUCACCAUGGACUCCUGGCCCGACUCCCACCUCAGGAAAAUGGAGGCCAACUCCGGCGGUAACGACGCCCUCAACGCCUUCCUCUCUGCCCGCGGCAUCCCCAAGGACACUGAUAUUCCAUUGAAGUACAACACCAACGCCGCAGCCCUCUACCGCGAAAAGGUCCAAGCCUUCGCCGAGAACCGCCGCUGGACUGAGCCACCGGUUGUGAAAGAGUCGGUGGUAAAGCCACGCAGUGUUAACAGUAGUUCCGAGACGAAGGUGGAUGGGGUUCGCAGGAAUCACUCGGUGGCUGAUUUUCGGACAAGUGGAGGGACGAAUGGGCCGAGCCGAACGUGGUCGGCUUCGGACAUUCAUGAGAAGGUUCAGGCGUCAAUGGACGGGAAGGCGGAGUUUUUUGAGAGGAAGGUUUCGCAGAAUGCAACGCGGCCUGAGGGGCUUCCGCCUUCUCAGGGAGGCAAGUAUGUGGGGUUUGGAUCAACGGGGACAAGACCCAUCUCCAGGUCUAGUUCUCAGUCGGAUGUGAUCUCGGAUGCUGUUUCAGCAGUUUCUCAGGGCUUUGGUCUAGUUUCUAUGGUUGCAUCCUCUGCAGUGCAGUCUGCAGCCAAUGCUGUCCAAGCAAGCACAAAAGAGCUGACUUCCAAGGUGAGAGAUGCCGGCUACGAUGAGAAAGUAAGCGCGGUAGCUUCAAAGACCACUGAACUUGGACAAAGGACAUGGGGAAUUGUGAAGGAUGUAAUGGCACUGGCCACACUAAAAGUAGAAGAAUACACCGGAGAUGGAGUCGAGUCCAAGUCUGGCCAGGAGAAUAAUGGUAGUUUUGGACAGAGUCCUGGAGAAAGCAAAUGGAAUUCAGAUAAUGCCAAUGCUGGAGAAGAUCCUAAAGGAAGCCAAUGGAAUUGGAAUGAUGGCAAUUUUGGACAGUACCAUGCAGAAAGCAAAUGGAAUUCAAAUAAUGCCAAUGCAGGGGAUUGUCCUACACAGAACAAAUGGAAUGGCUCACCCCAUAAAGGAUGGGAUGAUUGGGGACCAGAUAGCCCUGUUGCUGCAAAACCCAACAAAAGCAAAAGUGAAGAAGUCUGGGUCGGAUGGGAUUGAUUAGUGUUAGAGAGUUGAAUUACAGUUGCAUCAAAUUGCAGGGUCCUGAGCAGGAGAUUGUUGUUUUUGAUCAGGUGGCUGUUUUCUGGUCCAUCAUUGGGAGAUGAAGUUUCUCUUGCUCAGGCAAAAUCUUUUGUAAAGAUUCAAUAAGUUGAUUUCUUCAGAAUUAGUGGGCACUUAGAGAUAAUCUGGCCAUAUCACACUCUGUUUUGGCUCCUCACCUGUGUGUACUACUACGAAUCUGCAACACUGAAAUGAAUCCCUUUUGAAAGUAGUUUACAUAGGGGGCAU